UGACUACUUGAAGACAUUGAGUUGAAUGUGCAUAUAAGAUUUGUCAAAACUGUGCGAGCGGCUUAAACGAUCGGUGUCGCUCAAGGUGUUAAAGUGUUGAAGUGACGAUCUCGCGAACUUAAACGAAAAUAAAAUUUAUUAUAAAGGAUAAAGAAAACGCAAUGCAUUACAUUUCAAGUGUUUUAUGCCUGCUUAGCCUCGCACAACUUCCAGUCUUCAAUAAUGGUGAACCACUAUUUGGCAACGAAAAUGUACACAUUAAAGUGCAUGUACCUGGUGCAUCAAUAGAUUGUGAACCCGCUAACAAGAUUACUCAUCCCCACCAUCAUCAACAACAUAAACACCAUAAAUAUCCAUCACACAAACCAGUGCGACCCCAACUACGGCACAACCAAUUCGAUGAUUUAUUGGAAAAUAUUCUAUUAUCAGAAUUUGAAAGUCCAACUAUUAAUACUCAUUUGGAUUAUACAGAACAUACCGAUGAUAUAAAUGAGCAUUUACCGCAACACACCGAGGGCUAUAAGAGUGAUUAUGGCAAGGUUGUUGAUAAGAGACCUGAAAACUUUGUAAAGACCUAUAAGAUUAUCGAAUACAAAGAACCGAUAAUUAGCAAAAAUAUAUACCCAACACAACAGCGACACAAACACCAACAUAAGCCGAAAACACACAAUGAACUAUAUAGAGUUGUUGAGUCAAAAUAUUUGCCAUCCACGGCGGAGGAACAUGAGCUACAUAACACAAAUCAUUACCAAUAUCCCAUCCGAACACAAACAAAAUCUACUAAACCUCACACCAAUUCGAAAGCGACUACAUAUCUGACAACUGCGAAUGAUUAUAAUGGUUUUAAGAGUGCUCAUAAGACAGAAUCGUCGUCUUAUAAUGACGCUAAUUCAGAUCCACACGUUGCCUUUAAACCGAAUACGAAUAUUUAUUUGCCACCCUAUGAAACUCCGGUAUCAUCAGUGGAUCAAACUGACACAGUGGCCUAUAACGUUUUAACUCCAAAAGAUACUCUCAGUUUACCUAAAGAAACAGAACCGCUUUUUAGUAGUGCUGAUUCAAGUCCGCUCGAUGACUUCCAACCGAACACGAAUGUUUAUUUACCACCAUAUCAAACGCCAGCAAUAUUAGGAGCAGCCCAUAAAUUUUUAACCCCCAAAGAAACUCUGAGCUUACCCACUAAAGAAGCAGAGGACUUCCACGGUCAAUUCAAGUCUCCCACCUUUAAUGAUGGACAUUUUAAACCCUUUAUUGGCGACAAGUACCUACCUGUUGGGGGAGAAAGCUCAAUUACGCAAGCAGCAGCUGAAACUUACACCGGCAUUGAUAGCUAUUCUGCAAGUCAUGUACAAGGCUUAGAUCAUCACAGCCACUCACCCUAUCGGCGCUGGAGUACGCUUAUUUAAUUAGUUUUAAGAGUAUCUAGCCAAAUGUGUAUAUAGACGAGUUUAAGUGUAUUUAAGUGUUGUAAUGUAAUUUAUUUAUACAAGUGCGUACCUUUUCAGCAUACACAAAUAGUGAUGUAGGUAUGUACUAUAUACUAUAUGUAUAUGUUCAAAGUGUCUUAAGGCGAUUAGUUAAAUAAGCGUAUAAAAUCAAUACGCAUAAUAAAAGUACUAAAGAAUAGUGUGGCAAAAAAUAAAAAAACCAUAUACUAUA